CCAAUUGCAUCGCAGUUCUGUCAUAGUGCAGCCAAGAGACACAUUGUUUGGAGCCUCCCUCUUCUCCUCCCCCAACCCCGCUGCCAUGUCACCAAUGACCGCACUCUCCAGACUACAUCCGACCAAGGAAUGGCGGGGACGUAGAUCCGCAGGGGCAUACUGUGUUAGGCUAUAGAUGAACCGGCCACUUCUGCCAUCCGGCAAUGCUGGGGUGGUACUAUAUUAUGGGGUACGCAGGGAUCCAUCGGCAAAACUUCUGGACGUCUGAUGUAUUGCGAGGAAUGGGAUCCAAGGCGGGGGAGGGGAUGGAGAACUGUGGACGCAAAGGCCGGUUGGUUGCAACGACGGCCCCUAAUAAUAUAAACCUCAGCCCGUCGACCGCUCAAAUCCUGAGCGAGUCGUUUUGGACCAUGCUUCCCCUCACCUGCGCAGUCUGGUUGCCUCGCAUACAAGUGUAGUGUCAAUUGGUCGCUGGCAUUCGUACGAAAUGGUCGCAAAGAAGAACCACCAACGUCCGCCCUUCCGGGCUGAGCACCUUGGCUCACUCCUCCGGCCACAGAAGCUUGUUGAUAAGCGUGUCGCCUUGGACGGCGAGAAGACCGAAACCAUCGCCCAAGACAAGGAGCUUCACACCCUUGAAGAUGACGCUAUCGAUGAGAUCGUCAAGGUCCAGCUAGACCUUGGGUUCCAUGCGGUGAACGAUGGCGAGUAUCGCCGUCAUCAGUUUUGGGGGACCUUUUUCCCUGCCCUCGAGGGAAUGGAGGAAAUUCAGAACCCGCCUCUGGAAAUGUUCCGGCUCUAUGUACCUGACCUAGCUGCCUUUACCGAGGCCGGCCACAAACCUGGCGAAUCUGUGAUUUGUACAGGCAAGAUCAAGCAUGUCGGGAGCACAUAUCUGGACCAGUGGAACUAUCUCAAGAACCGCAUCCCAGCCGAAUACAUCAAGGAGGCGAAGCUGACCCUGCCGGCACCUGAAUGGUACCAUCUUCGCUACCAGCCGGGAAAAGCAUAUCCAAAAGACGUCUACGCAAACGACGAGGAGUACUUCGCCGACAUUGCAAAGGCGUACAGGGCUGAGCUGCAGGUACUUUACGAUGCUGGCUGCCGCAAUGUGACCAUCGACGACCCCAACCUGGCGUACUUCUGCUCUGAGAAGAUGCUCCAGGGCUUCAAGGACGCUGGAGAGGACUCCGAGGCCCUGCUCGAUAGCUACAUCAAGUUGUACAACGACUGCAUCUCUCAGCGCCCCGACGACCUUCACCUGGGCAUCCACCUCUGCCGUGGGAACUUCGCCUACAGCCGGCACUUCAGCGAGGGCGGCUACGACCGAAUCGCAACCAAGCUUUUCAACGAGAUCGAGGCUGACACCUACUUCCUGGAGUAUGACACCGACCGUUCCGGCGGCUUUGAGCCCCUCAAGGAGCUGCCGCCGUAUAAGAAUGUCAUCCUCGGCGUCAUCACCAGCAAGUUCCCCGAGCUAGAGGACAUUGAGAAGCUCAAGGACCGGGUCUACCAGGCGGCGGAUUUCGUGGCCAAGGGCGCGGGACAGAGCCGGGAGGAGGCGCUGAAGCGCAUCGGCGUCAGCCCUCAGUGCGGUUUCGCCAGCCACCAUCUGGGGAACAGCGUCACACGAGAGGACAUGAUCAACAAGUUGAAGCUGGUGAGGAAGUUGGCAGAUACCAUCUGGCCAGGUGAACCAUGAGGAGAGGAGCCCUGGAGGGCUCAAACCCG